AUGGACUUUCUCAAAGUUUCAGACAAGACAGCAACUCCAUGUAAAAGUGACUACUCUCUAUUUGGUUUGAAUCAACAACAAUACAAAGACUCUUCUCUUGGUUUCAACAACAACAAUCCUCAUCCUCAUGUCAUUACUCCUUAUUCAGGAAAUGGAGUUUUGGGUUGUUAUUACUAUUACCCAUUCACAAACGCGCAAUUGAAGGAGCUCGAGAGACAAGCGAUGAUCUACAAGUACAUGAUCGCAUCCAUCCCCGUUCCUUUCGAUCUCCUUGUCUCAUCAUCAUCAUCACCAUCCUCUGCUUCUCCCUGUAACAACAAAAACAUGGCCGGAGAUUUAGAGCCGGGAAGAUGCCGGAGAACAGACGGGAAGAAAUGGAGGUGCUCCAGAGAAGUCGUCUCUAAUCACAAGUACUGUGAGAGACACUUACACAGAGGCCGUCCUCGUUCAAGAAAGCAUGUGGAACCUCCUUACUCUCGCCCUAACAACAAUGGCGGUACUGAGAAAAACAGAGUUGUUCCUCAGAAACUAUCCAUCAGUUUUACAAAAGACAAAGUAACUGAGCCAAGAGAGUUUUCAUCAUCUCUCUCAAACUACAGAGAACCCAGAGGAAGCAAUAUGUUUCCUGUAUCGGCAACAAGUGAGCAAGAAAGAAAGUAUCUGAAUUUCAUCGAUGUUUGGUCCGAUGGAGUUAGAUCAUGUGAAAAACAGAGUUCUACUUCGUCCCCUGUUUCUUCUUCAGCUAACGGCAAUCUCUCUCUCUACUCGCUUGAUCUUUCCAUGGGAGGAAACAGCUUGAUGGGCCAUGACCAAAUGGGCCUGAUCCAAAUGGGUUUAGGAGUAACCGGGUCGGGUCGUGAAGAUCUUCACGGGUAUGGUCCGUAUGGCGUGUCUUCUUCACUGGAGGAGAUGUCGAGCUGGCUUGCUCCGACUUCCGCCACGCCCGGCGGACCGUUAGCGGAGAUACUUAGGCCAAACCCGAAUCUUGCGUUCUCCGGCCAUAUUGAAUCGCACAGUUUGACGGAGACUCCAACUCCAACUCCGACUCCGAGCUCUUCGCCGUCUAGAGCAAUGAAGAAGAUGACUGGAUCAGUGUCUGAUGAAAGCAGCCAGCUUUAA